CCGGACUGUCAGAAGAACAGGAAGACUUUUAUUGUCGAAGCCCUAGUCGAUUACCCACUGUCAUUCAGGGGUUACAAACUUUGUUGAACUCUUAGCAGCCAUGGAAACUAAUAAAGAAGACACCGUCGACCCAAGUCAUCGGUAACACCGACUUUUAUCCGUGUUGUAGUCACCGAAACAACUCGUGAACCUGGGAAGAGCGGAGUUCUUUUUCGUCACUGAGACUUUACCUAGUGUAGCAGCCAAGCUAGCCUAGCAGAAGCUAACAUUAGCACUCAUAGUACCCCACUCUUUCGGGACGUCAGAAUUACACUGCACACGUUUCAGUUCAUGUUACAUGUGGUUACUACUAGUAUAAAGCUGUUGAUUAUAUGAUAAGGUCGCAACAGGUUGUCUUUAUACUUUUCGUGCAGUGGACUUGGGAAAGUGCUUUGAAUUUCCCUCCUUCAGUGUAACAGACAGGCGGCUUAGCGAGGGGUCCGCUGUGUGUAGUUGGCUGGGUCCCAAAUUAUUAGCAACGCUGUGCUAAUUGUGGCUAGUUAGCCUGGGCUCUAGUUUAGGCCCAGGGGAAAUAACUGUUCACUUUGUUGUUAGUUUGCAAACAAAAGACCGGGGGAUUAUUGGCUCUAUGUUUAGAAAUCCAAGGUGGAUUUAUCGUCACAUUUACACGUAUUUUGACGCAUAUUCCAAGUAAACGGAUUAAUUUUUGAAUAUGGAUCAACACACGGGGAAUUCUGCCUCAGCUCCUGGUCCCAAGAAGGACAAGAAAUCAAAGAAAAACUACGAGGAUGGAGAUGGAAAAAAGAAAUUUAAACUCAAACGGCUGAUUCCUGAUGAGUUGGAGCGUUUCACCAGUAUGAGGAUGAAAAAGGACAAGGAGAAGCCUGGUCAUGUGCCAGGUCAACGUCACUCGUCAGCUGCCAGCUAUGAGAUCAACGCUCAAAGUGCCAUGCUGCAUGAUCAUUCUGAUGAAUACGUCCUGGAACUCUUUGAACAGAUGCUGGUGGAUAUGAACCUUAAUGAGGAGAAGCAGCAGCCUCUUAGAGAGAAAGACAUUGUGAUUAAACGAGAAAUGGUCUCUCAGUACCUCCACACAUCCAAAGCUGGUCAAAACCAGAAAGAGAGCUCCAAGUCUGCCAUGGUGUACAUUCAAGAGUUAAAGGCAGACUACAGAGAUGCACAGCUGUUGAGCUGUCUGGAGUCUCUAAGAGUUUCACUCAAUAACAACCCUGUCAGUUGGGUACAGAACUUUGGAGAUGAGGGCCUGGCACUGUUACUGAACCUUCUUAGAAGACUACAAGAGGAGAAAGAUGAAUACCCUGGGAUGGGGGUGAAAUGUCAACACGAGAUUAUCCGCUGUCUAAAAGCCUUCAUGAACAACAAGUAUGGUUUAAAAGCCAUGCUGGAUUCAGAUGAGGGGAUACCUUUGCUAGUGAGAGCCAUCAACCCUAGGGUGCCUCAUAUGAUGGUGGAUGCUGUUAAGUUGGUGUCUGCUAUCUCCAUUUUGGAACACCCUGAGAAUCUUCAUGAGCGAGUCUUAGAGGCCAUUACAGAGGAAGCAGAGAAAGGGGACAUUGAAAGGUUUCAGCCUCUUCUGUCUGGAAUGAACAGUCAUAACAUUGCUCUUAAGGGUGGCUGCAUGCAGCUAAUCAAUGCUUUGAUCAGUCGUGGAGAGGAAUUGGACUUCAGGAUCCAUCUUCGUUCUGAACUGCUAAGACUGGGACUUAGAGACCUGCUGACGGAGGUACGGACAAUUGAAAAUGACGAGCUGAGGGUGCAACUCAAUGUAUUUGAUGAGCAAGCUGAAGAUGACUCGGAGGACCUCAAAGCACGUCUUGAGGACAUCCGCAUUGAGAUGGAUGAUGUGAGGGAAGUGUUCGAAAUUCUAGUCAAUACAGUGAAGGACUCCAAGGCUGAAACCCACUUCCUGUCCGUGAUGCAGCACCUGCUACUGAUCCGAAACGAUUAUUUGGCCAGGCCUCAGUACUACAAGUUGAUAGACGAGUGUAUCGCCCAGAUCGUGCUUCACAGGAAUGGAGCAGACCCUGACUUUAAGUGCCGUAACCUUAGCCUCAAUGUUGACUGCUUAAUAGACAACAUGGUGGACCAGACCAAGGUGGAAACCAGUGAGGCUAAGGCCACUGAGCUGGAGAAAAAGCUGGAUGCCGAGUUGACAGCACGGCAUGAGUUGCAGGUGGAGCUGAAGAAACUAGAGGGUGACUAUGAGCAGAAGCUGCAGGACCUGAGCCAAGAAAAGGAACAGCUGGCAUCUUCCAAGCAGGAGAGAGAAAAGGAGAAUCAGGGACUACAACAACAGCUAAGCACUCUGCAGCAGCAGGUCGAAAAGCUCUCAAAAGAUCUUGAAAAGGCCAAGACUCAAGUUGUCACAGUUACUGUUCCUGUGCCAACUCCUGGUUUGCCCCCUCCACCUCCCCCACCUCCUCUCCCUGCUCAGAAUGGUGGAAUGGUCCCUCCACCACCCCCACCCCCACCCCUACCAGGCCAGGCAUGCAUGAAUGUUUUCCCACCUCCACCUCCUCCUUUACCAGGCAAUGCAGGUAUUCCUCCCCCUCCUCCUCCACCUCCCCUACCUGGCAUGCCGGGGCCCCCACCACCUCCACCACUCCCUGGCAUGCCAGGACCCCCACCACCUCCACCACUCCCUGGUAUGUCAGGACCUCCACCGCCACCGCCGCUUCCUGGAAUGGGUCCACCACCCCCACCACCUCCGCCUGGAGGGCCUGGUAUUCCACCGCCACCACCAGGUCCUGGUAUGCCUCCACCUCCACCAUUCGGUAUGGGUGGCUGGGGUGCCCCUGCACCACCUCAGCUGCCGUAUGGCCUCCAACCGAAAAAAGAGUACAAGCCCGAAGUCCAGCUUAAGAGAGCCAACUGGAGCAAGAUUGGACCCGAGGACCUCUCAGAGAACAGUUUCUGGACAAAGGCAAAAGAGGAGCAAUUUGAAAACAAUGAGCUCUUUGCCAAACUUACCUUGACAUUCUCCUCACAGACAAAGACUACUAAAGCCAAAAAGGAGCAGGAUGGUGGAGAUGAUAAGAAGCAGCUGCAGAAGAAGAAGGUGAAGGAGCUGAAGGUUCUGGAUGGCAAAUCUUCACAAAAUCUUUCCAUUUUCCUGGGAUCAUUCCGUCUUCCUUAUGAAGAGAUCAAGAAUGCUAUCUUGGAGGUUAAUGAGAAGAUCCUCACAGAGUCCAUGGUUCAGAACCUGAUCAAACAACUUCCAGCUCCAGAGCAGCUGAGUGUCCUCGGAGAGAUGAAAGAUGAAUAUGACGACUUAGCUGAGUCUGAACAGUUUGGAGUGGUGAUGUCCUCUGUGAAGCGGUUGAACCCACGCCUUCAGGCCAUCCUGUUCAAGCUCCAGUUUGAGGAGCAGCUGAACAACAUCAAGCCAGAUGUGGUAUCGGUGACAGCAGCCUGUGAGGAGCUUAUCAAAUGCCAGGCCUUCUCCAAGUUGCUACAGAUCACCCUCCUUGUCGGCAACUACAUGAAUGCAGGUUCCCGCAAUGGCAAGGCAUUUGGCUUCACCAUUUCAUAUCUCUGCAAGCUACGUGACACAAAAUCAGCUGACCUGAAACAGACACUGCUUCAUUUCAUUGCUGACAUAUGCCAGGAGCAAUAUCCUGAUGUCAUGAGCUUUCCUGAUGAGCUCAUCCACGUGGAAAAGGCCAGCCGAGUUUCUGCAGAGACACUUCAGAAGAACCUAGAACUGAUGGGUCGUCAGAUCAAGAAUUUGCAGAAAGAUUUAGAAACAUUCCCUCCACCACAAAAUGACAAGGACCUGUUUGUGGAGAAGUUGUCCAGUUUUGUGGUCAGUGCCCAAGAACAGUAUGAAAAGCUGGAUUUGUUGCAUAAGAAUAUGGAGAAGGAAUAUACCGACCUAGGACAAUACUUUGUGUUUGACACGAAGAAAGUCUCAGUAGAGGAGUUUUUCGGGGACCUGAACACCUUUAAGAAUAUGUUUCAGCAAGCAGUGAAGGAAAAUCAGAAGAGAAAAGAAGCUGAAGAAAAAAUCAAGAGGGCUAAAUUGGCCAGGGAAAAGGCAGAGAAGGAAAAAGAGGAGAAACUCAAGAGGAGCCAGCUCCCAGACAUCAAUGCAGAGGGUGAUGAAACUGGUAUCAUGGAUGGCCUUUUGGAGGCGCUGCAGUCUGGCGCUGCAUUCAGACGGAAGAGGGGCCCUCGGCAAGCAGCCAACCACAGACGAGCUGGUCAUGCAGUGACCAACAUCCUGGCCAAGGAACUGAUGCAGGAAGACACGCCCUCAUCAAGCAAACUGCCAGUAAAGAAGAAGCGGACAGAGGAGAAGGACGAACCCAAACUCGAAGGGGCUGAGUCACUGGAGGAGCUACUGGAAGCUGCUCCACCUCGGUCCAGUUAGGGGCAGGAAGUUUGUUUUUGUUUUAAACUUUUGAGUCAGUGGUUACAGAUCUGUUUCUUAGCCAUUACAGAGGCCAAUAUCAAUGUAAGAGUUGAGCUCUGAUAUUAGGUGUCUGUUUCUCCCACCUAUGUCUUAACAGGAUCGUCUUUAAACAUAGAAUUGACUGUUUCAGGAGGCUAUGGAGAGGUGUGAUGAGGGCAGAGCUGUCCCUCCAGCUGCGACCCCUAGAUGCCCCGAUCUUUGCCAAUCCCAUUAAAAACAUACUUGAUUUUUUUUUUUUUUUUUUUUUUCAGCAUGUGCACAUAUCUGUUCAUACAUGUUUUCUGUUUUGAUGUAUCUGUCAUUUGUCAAAGGGCGUCUUCCAAAGACAUACUCGGGAAGAAUCCACCCUUAUUUUUUUUGCGGUUAUUUCCAAAUUACAAAUUUCGACUGCAAAUGCCUGGACUCUGGUACAUCCUGUAGGUGCUUCAUAGUUUUCUCUGGAUGUUCCAGGCCAAUAUCAUUUUUGUUGCUCGUUGUUGCCUGAUGAAACAUAUUGCUUUGUAAUUGUCAGUCCGGUGUUAACAUUUGUUUAGCAUUUUGCUGUAUCAUUGAAAAACGUGCCAACCAAUAGAAGUUCACCUUUGAGGUUUUGUUCAGUCACAGUUUGCACUCACUCGUUAUGUGGACCAAUCCAACAAUAUAUCACCAAUUUAUCACCUGGGUGUAUCAGAGGGUUUGUUUUUUCCUGAAAACUGAGUCCGUUCACUGAUGUUUUUGAUUUUUUUAAAUUAUAUAUAAUACGGUUAACUUACACAUGCACAUCUUCACUCAAUUGCCACACGUGUCCCACAGCAGUUAUCUGAGGAAAACAUGAUUGUGUGAUCUUCAUAGUGGUUCUGAUAGUGGUUCUGUAACUCCAAAAGGGAUCUAGAGUUAGAUGGGAGGAGACAUGUUCUUCCAGGCAAUUUAACCAAAAUCCAACAAUGCUUUCUUUAAAGGGUGUUUCCACACAAAUUUAGACUGAGCAGUCUGCGUGCUUGUGUUUCUGUGUAUGAGCAUGUCUGUGUGUGAAGUAAGCCGCCUAUAUUUAGUUUUGUGUGCACGAUCAGGUUUGUGGACACGUCUGUGUUUGAGUAUGUAGGUUUUGUGUGUGUGUGUGUUGCCGCCUGUAAUUACUGUAUGGUACCGUCAAUGCUGUCAUAAAUGCUAGGUUUCAGAAACAGCUCUGUGGUCUUUUUGCUGAGGAUAUUGCACACUGGAAAACUGCCCAAAAACUGCUGACACAAGUAUGUGUGUUCACCCAUUUUCCUCCUACUAAACAUGCUGGAUGUCUAGCCUUGCUUGUAUUUGUUCAGUACAGAUCAGCAUACAUGUUGAUAUGAUGUUGUAAAAUCUGACAAGGAUCCUGAGAGGUGAUGUCAGCUGCUCCAUGCAAUAUUUAUUCCUAUGCAAACAUGAUUGUGUACAACCCAGACAGCCUCAGGAUUUUUAACCCAGUGGGUGACUUUUGUGGUCUCUAUCAGCUUGCUGAUUUAAGACCAGUGCUUCAGAAUGCUGGUUAUUGAAAACCUUUAAACAUCCAAAUGUUCAGGUUUCAGGAAUCAGGUGUGCUUCCUUUUUUUUUCUCUUCAAAAAUGGAAAAUCUUCUCUAAAAAUGUAAAUGUCGCACUUAAAAAUCACACCAUUAAAGGAACAAGGCCUUUAUUUUGAACACCUGCUUCUGCUUUCCUAUAGUGGAACACAGACGUAUUAAGAAAGUUGCAUUAGAUAAAAAAAGAAAAGGUAGAUUUUAUGAUGGCUCAAAUGUACAAGUAACUGUGUCUUCAGACAUUUUGAGGCUUUUGGACCUUUUUUUUCUCAUUGAAAUCAGUUAUACAGAAAACUGCAACAAGAUAUGAGACUGUAGACUGCUGUGCCUAUAAUUGCAAACACAAAAUAUGCUUUAGCCAUAUUUAAACUCGAGAUAUGACCAUUUUUUUGUCAUCUGCAGUACAUUUUUCCUCACUUUUUGGGUUAAUUGUAUACCUGACACUGAAAAGUGAAAGAAUUACAUCAAAAGUUUAUCAGAACAUCACUGGAAAUAACAUGUUUUGAAUUGAGACAUUCCUUUUGUUAAUUUUUUAAGAGAUUGUUUUCUAUGUGAAUUUUUACAGUUGAUUAUUUUAUUGUAUUUCAAUUGAGGUUUUUCUCUUUCUUUUUUUUUUCUGAGAAAUCGCUUUAUGUAUACAGAAUAAUGCACAGUCAUUCUGUUUGCUACACAGACUUAUUAAAAUGUCUUAAGUAAUUUAA